GAUCUCUCAUAAUAUACUCUGCCAACCAAAAAACCCACCCAACCAACACACUAUGAUCAUCAUAGAACCUCCCAUCGCCGUCCGAUUCCACGCCGCCGCAGCCGCCGCCUCUGCUCGCUCCGCCGCAGCACCACCUCAUAACCGUUCAAUGUGGGGCGCCGAUGACGUGAACGGUUCGCGUUACACUGCGUCGUGCCGGCUCGCUUGUAGCUGCGGUUUCGACGUGCCAUGGGUAGGAAGUAAAAAAUACACAGGCGCUCCCUUCACAAGAAGAAACAAACUCGUAAAGAAUAGAAUUACAGCAUCAUCAGAGAAUCUGGGCUCAGCUCAAGAUCCUGUAAAGAAAAAUGAGAAGACAUCCUAUCAUCCAUUUGAGGAAGUUGCUGCAUCAACAUCAGAGAAUAGUGGAGAUGCUAGACUUACUGCAGCAGAAACAAGUAGAACAAUUAUUGAGGUUAACAGCAAAGCAACACUGAUGUUCUCAAGUUUGAUUAGUGAUGAAUUUCAUGAAAAUAUUAUUUGGCCAGAUUUGCCUUAUUUGACUGAUGAACAUGGAAAUAUAUACUUUCAAGUGAAGAAUGGUGAAGAUAUUUUGCAAUCCCUAACUUCAGAAAAUAAUUUUGUGCAAGUCAUUGUUGGUGUGAAUUCCAUGGAAAUGAUCUCUGAGAUGGACCUAUCAGGUCCUUCAGAAAUUGACUUUGGGAUUGAAGAAAUUGAUGAUCAAGAUACUGCGGAUUUAGAUGACAGCGAUGAAGAGGAUGAAGAUGAUGGUGAAGAGGAAGAUGAAGAUGAAGCUGAGAACGAAGAUUAUGAUUCGGAGUGGGUGGCUGUUUUUUCAGAUGAGGAUGAGGAAGAAGAUGAUGAUGAAGCACUUGAAGACUGGGCAAAAUUGGAGACCAUGCGAUUUUCUCAUCCAAUGUACUUUGCCAAAAAGUUGGCUGAGAUUGCUUCAGAUGAUCCAAUUGAUUGGAUGGAGCAGCCUCCAGCUUGUGUAGCUAUUCAAGGGGUUAUAAGACCUGCUUUUGUUGAAGAGCAUUCUACAAUACAGAAGCAUCUAUCUGCUAAUCAAUCCAGUGAUACUGACACAAGUAAAUCCACAGAAAGUAAAGGGGAAAGUAUUGGUGUUAUUAAUGGUCAUGUGCUUAAUUCAGGAUCUUCUGGAGAUAAUGCAGCACAGAGAAUAGAAAAUAACCGGAAUAGUGAUAUCCCCUUUAGUGAGACUUCAUUUUACAAAUUGGAGAUGAUUAAGAUUCAAGUGUUUUCUGCACAAGGACAACCUACUAUUGUUGAAUUCGAAGACUACAUGAAAGCACAACCUGAUGCUAUUGCACAUUUAGCUUCCAAAAUCAUAUCUCGCUUGAAAGCUGGCGGAGACAAGACCUUACAAGCCCUUAAGUCCCUUUGUUGGAGAAGCAAGGGUAUUCAAGUGGAGGAGGCACAAAUUAUCUGUGUAGACUCCCUUGGGUUUGACUUAAGAGUCUGUUCUGGGACUCAGAUUCAAACACUGAGAUUUACGUUCAAGAAAAAGGCCACGUCAGAGUACAGUGCUGAGAGACAGCUCAACGAUUUACUAUUUCCUAGAAUUCACCCGAAGCAGCAAAAAAUGAAGCAAACACAUCAAAAUGAAUGCUAAAUCAUCUAAAUGUCAUAUCCUCCAUGAAUUUUGUAUGGCUUGUAUGCCUUUGGCUUAUUAUUGUGUAUAGAAGUGAAAGGCAGGGAGAAAGAUCCCAUGCAGAUGCCAAUCAGGUUAUGUAAUAUGAAUUGCAUUUAAUCAUUAAUUGGUAGUAAUUUUUUUGCCUAGCUGCUUCCUUGGUGACCCCUGACUUAUAAUCUAUUCGCUUUUACACUUCCUUUUUUGAUUAAUCUAAUUCCUGCUAGUGCAAGCAAAGUAGAGGCAUUAGACAUGACUUACAUGAGGAACAGAUGAAUCUGAAAGCCCCAAAUACAAACUGAUAUAUUAGUGACCCUUUCAAACUCUAAUCCCAUGACAUAA